AUGUCGGUCUCCUAUGAUGCUGGAAAUGCCAUUAGUGACGCGACAUGGGUGGCCGUGCUGCUGAGUGAACGCGAUGUAGCCGGCCAGAUUCCGAUCAAUUUCGUGACCAAUCCUGCCGUGUCUCUCUCGUCGGCCUGUUUUGGCAAUGGCUUGUACGCUCGAAAGGAUGCUGCCAAGUGCAUCUCCAAUCUCCUUGCGGUGGGGUAUAGACGGCUUGUUGUAGACCUAUAUUGGUCAGUGGAGCGACGGACAUGGACCUUUUGUCCUGUAGAGAUUCCUGCCAGGGUCGACGUGAUGGUAUCAACUUAUACUUCUACCACUACCGAAGCCUCGACUACUUCUACUAUUACAACUGAAACUGCUACGACGACUUCGGACGCAGGCGCCGCGACCAUCACUGGCUAUACUGAUUCCUAUGGGGAUACGGUCUAUGAGCUAGGACCAUACAGAUGCACCAACGAUCUUGAUCUAUAUUCUCUUUCAGAAGUACUUGUUGGAUACUUUGAAGCGACAACGUCUCAACUUCUCGUCUAUACAACUUAUCUCGUUCUCAAUCUUCAUGCCGCCGGCAGCGAUGCUGAACCGUCCAAGCCAGCCAAAGCGGUAACGGGCAAGAAUCUACCCUCAUCGGACUCCGAACGACCUGGAUCGUUCCUCCAUGAUGCUCUGCGGGAAUAUCUCUACACCCCUACUCAGCUUGCCAGGGACCGACGCAAUUUGAACGAGUCGUGGUAUGAAGUUGAUGAAAGCUACAUGCCGAUAGUGGAAUAUUAUACAAUUCACACGGACGAAGCAGGCAAACAGAGUACUCCCGAUGGAUGGCCAUCUGCAAAGUACGUUCAACUUGCAAAAUCCGAUCGAAUCAUCAUCGAGUAUGGAUCAGUGGAUCCGCAACUCGCAGAGUUCAACAUUACUCAAGAUGAACAUGCCAUCUUCCCACCCGGCUAUCUCACUUCCGAUGUGAACAUUACUGCUACCACAAACGGGACCCUAACAUCGGGCUGUUUGUACAAAGCAGAUGCCACGGGAGUUUCUCAGGCCAACUCGUCUUGGGCCCUCUCCAAUAAAAUCCCAGUUCCGGAUGGGUUAUCCACAGACGAAACUAUGGGAUCAUUAACCAAUGUGAUAUCGGAUAUGACAGCAUGCGGGAUAUCCCCAAUGCUCAAUACCACCCUUUUCGAUCAAACUGCCGACACCAACGUCGAACAUUAUCGGAACGUCUCCUUGUCAACAGGGUGGGCAUGGGCAAUUGGUGAACCAGAGGGUGCAGACACUGGCGGCGGCACUGGAGAUACUCCCAGUUUCGACCGCUGUGCUAUAAUGGACCUCUCCUCGGAAGGUCACUGGCGAGCCACCAAUUGUUCCGAAACGCGGCGAGGUGCCUGUCGUAUCGGCAAUUCACCUUUCUCGUGGACCAUUUCCAAUGCUACUGCAGAUUAUUACAACGUCUCCGACACAUGUCCUCCAGGCUCCAAUUUCGCUGUCCCUCGAACGGGCUUGGAAAAUACUUACCUCUACAAGUACCUCCUGACCCAGCCGGAGACAACGAUCAACCCUGCAUCAACCGAUGCUACACUGCGUGAGAUUUAUAUCGACUUCAAUUCUAUUGAUAUCACAUCUUGUUGGGUCUCGGGCGGACCCGAGGCUAACUGUCCCUACGGUGCUGAUCCACAGCAGCUGGAACGCAGAACUGUGCUUGUAGCUGCCAUUGCUGGUAUUGUCAUCGUUAUUAUUACUGCGUUGACUCUGUUUGUCAAGUGUAAUGCCAACAGGCGAAACUCUCGUCGGAGAAAGCGUGUAAUCGAGGGCUGGGAAUAUGAAGGUGUGCCCUCGUAA